UAUGUGAUGCAAAUCAGCUAGGCGUAGCCUACCUGCAGGCGAAUGUACGAAUCCUACUAUUGUAAACGGUUAACACUUAAUAUUCUCGAGCAAUGCCUUCAAUAUUGUACGGCUAGCAAGCAACGUCAUCGACACUUAAUUAAUAUUCAACAGACGAGUGCUGCUAUAGGACGGAAAAUGUACGAUUGUAUUAAUAUUCAUAAAGAAGUCAUUUGCCAUAGGGCGACGUCGGCAAGACAAAAUGCAUAUUCACGAUGACACCCUUCGUCAUAGUACAAUUAGUAAAAAUCACUACCCAAAUUUCAGUUGAGCUUUAAAACGGAGCGUGUGAGGGAGCACGGCGGAGAGCGGCUACAGCGAAGAAAAAUGUUUAUCCAACGACAAGAAAUGUUGUGAAGGGCUUAAUGUGACGUGAAAAUAAACUAAGCUGUGGGAGUGAUGGCUUCGGUGGAGUUACUAUAUAUGAACAACAUAGGGGUUAGACCUGAUCCCCCUGGAGUUCUAGACUGGUCCUCUAGUCCUCUUCAUGUCCACAUGCUUAACAGCUCUGUGGAAGAGUCAUCUCCCACGCGGAAGGCGCCUGCUUGUGAUAGACAAUGUAAUUCAGCACCACGGACGGCUCCCGUUAAAGGACAGCAUGGCCAACACCGCCACCAACCCACGGAGAAGGUCAGAGUUUGUUGCGACGAGGAGCUGGAGACCUCUUUUACGUACGUCGAUGAAAACGUCAAUCUCCGAUUGGCCACCCCGGACGCGAGCGAAAAGAGUCUACGCCGCGCGACGCCGCUCCGUGACUCCGCGAGCGAGAUCCGUGCCGAGGGUAUGCAGGAGUUGUCGCUAAUGUCCGACUUAGACAUCAGCUCGGAGAGCUCAGGCAAAUCCGUAGAUUACGGAUUUAUUAGCGCGGUCACGUUUCUUAUUACCGGAAUCUCGCUGGUGAUCAUAUCGUACGCUGUCCCGCGGGACGUCAAAGUGAACCAGGAAAACGUGUCCGCGCGCGAAAUGGAAAGACUCGAGAAGGAGAGCGCCCGUAUAGGCGCGCACCUGGACAGGUGCGUCAUCGCGGGCCUUUGCCUUCUCACUUUGGGCGGUGUGGUGUUGUCCACUUUGCUGAUGAUUUCCAUGUGGAAGGGUGAGAUGUACAGGAGGAAAGCCUUCGCGUACUCCAAGCACUCCACAAAGCUUUACGGUUCGGUUAAUUUAAGAACAAGAUCGAGCCCCAGUCGGUCGUCGCCACCGCCGUGUGCUGGUGGUCUUGUGGAGGAGGACAAUGCUGAUGUUAUCAGUUGACUGCAUCUUUCCAUCUCUUGUCAUUUAUCCCUGUUGAACUGCCUACAGUACAUAAAUAACGUUGACCUUUCCAGCAUGGCCGAACAAACCUUGUGUGUGACUGUAACCAUUGCUUAGGCUACUGAUCUGGAUAAACACAGUAGCACGUGACAGUUUUCUCAGGUUCUAGAAAUAUACAGCAUGAUAUGACUGCAUUAAAGCAAGUAUCUUUCUGAAUAAACUAAGUUUAGAAUAUUCUAGUUUUGUGACAGAGAAUAAUGGCAAUACUCAAUCUUAAAGAAUUAAUAUUCUGAGAGCAGUGAGCUCCAACAAUGAAUAAAUACAUACUGAUUCACCAGUCUACUUCUGCUUUUACUUCUCUUACUCAGAAUGCUGCUGCUAAUGUUGACAAUCGUAUACUGCCUCUUUCCUAAAAUUUUAAAUCUUUUUCUGCAUAAUGCUCACUUCAGCCAUAUGUUAUGGUGUUUAGUAAUCGAGGGCUACACUUUCUUGUUCAGGUAGCAAGCCAUGAAUUAUCCUGAAGAAUUUGCCAUGUGCUAUAAAAACGCUGGGUUAUUUUUAACCCAGCACUGUAUCACAAAUGGGACAAACCCAGCCGUUGGGUUAAAUUGACCCAGAACAUGUUUAUACUUGACCUAACAAUGAGUUAAAACAACCCAGGAUAAGUUAAAUUAUAAAACAUUCCUUUAAAAUAACCCAGCAUUUUUUUAUUGUACACUCCAAACAUGGCAAUACAUUUUUGUGAUUUUUUUUCCUGUUAUUUUCUCACAUUAGCUUUGUUAAUAUGUGAAAAGGGCAAUGCAGAAAUGUAAUCCGUUUUCCCAAGCACUAACAUUUUUAUAAAUAUUUAAUGGGGGUACAGUAGCUGCCACAAUCAUCUGCUAGCUUUUGGAAAUUUAAAGCCAUCUCUCUGAGAGAGGAAAGCUUAUCUAUCUUUACUGACACAGACACAACAGACAGAUUAAACACUUACAAGGCCUAUAUAACAAUAUGUUAACUCACUGAAAAAAACACAAUGUUCACAGGAUUUAUCAUAAUGCUAUAAAAUAUACUUGCAUAUGUUGAUUUGUAUCAAUGCACAUGUGGAUAUACUGUAACGCUGCUGAUGCUACUGACAAUUCAUAAAACACAUAUA